CAAGACCACCAUGCAUAUUUUGAAUAAUAAAUGAUCAUUUUGCAUACACCUGACAUUUGGGAUGGGGAUGUUGAAAAUGAUAGUUGGAAAUACCUGCAAGUCUAUUCAUGGCUGUGAUUCAUACUGCUCGGGCAAAUUUAGAAUUAAUAAUGAAUACAUGCAUGCAGCCAUCAUGUGUUGCCAACCAACAUGACUAUGUUAUGGUGUGGCCGCUCAGAGCUUAUCAUCUAUGAAAUGUCAAACUGGCGACCUAGUCAUUUGCCUGAUGAUCGACGGUCAGUUUGUCCAGCAAGGACUACCACUUGUCAAAAUCCACUUCGGUUUUUGUGGGCAGCUACAAAAAUCUCUGAAAUGUGUUCCUAUGUACUUCCAGAGCGAUCGGGGAUGUAGAGGUGGGUUUGAGGGAAUCGUAAGGUUGGAGCCCACUCACUUUUUUAUAUGUCGAGACCUAGGCAUUCCUUUCAGCCAAGGAUCGGACGUACAAUAUUUGCUACAAUAUCUGCUGCUUGUGAAUGUUCUAGUUUUUGGUCCACUUUGGUGCUUUACUUGAAUGCAGAAAGCCGCAGCUCGGAGCGCCUGACUGGACUGGCAGAUCCCUCCCCUCUACUGGCUUGCCUUUGCAUUUUAUGCUUGGCAAUUAAAGCCCCUAAAUAUGCCUCUGCACUAAAAGAAUACCGAAGAACCUAGAAAUACAAUUAUUAACCAAACAUAUACACUUGUUUAAAUACUGUGAGUGUUUUGACAUGGCUAAUCCUAGCACUAAUCAAGAAGGAAGCGGUAAUCCUGACACACUGGAGAAAAGUAAUGAAGAUACUCAGCCUUUGGUAAAUACAGAGAGGCGGAAUAAGUGUGGCAUCAUAAGUGAACCUUUAAAUAAAUGCCUGAAAAAGUCUCGUCCAUUGUCACACUACUUUGACAGUACCAGUGCUGUAAGUGAACAGUCAAACAAUGGAACCUCCUUAAAUAAUAGCAGUGAAUCACUUCCUACAAAGUCUAAUUCUACCUCAAAGCACAAAACCAUCUCUAACAUGUUGAACAAGUCAUAUAGGGUAUCAGAUCUGUCCUUGGAUGCACAGAAUGGUUUGCAGCAGUUCACUCAGGCUAUGGAGAUGCUAAAAAGAGUAGGCGCCGAGCACAUUCCUAUACCAAAUGAGCAUGGACAAGCUAUUAAUGACAUGGAAGGUGUUUCAGCUGCAGAAACAAUGAACAUUCCUACAGAUUUUCCUUACCUUGGGGCUUUUCCUAUUAAUCCAGGGCUUUUCAUUAUGACUCCUGCAGGGGUUUUUCUGGCAGACAGUGCACUUCAUAUGGCUGGUUUGGCAGAAUAUCCAGCCCAGACUGAACUGGCAUCAGCCAUAAACUCUGGGAAAAAGAAAAGAAAAAGGUGUGGGAUGUGCCCUCCAUGCAGGAGACGGAUAAAUUGUGAGCAAUGCAGCAGCUGUAGGAAUCGCAAGACUGGUCAUCAGAUUUGCAAAUUCCGGAAAUGUGAGGAACUGAAAAAGAAGCCUUCUGCAGCACUGGAGAAAGUAAUGCUUCCUUCAGGAGCUGCAUUUCGAUGGUUUCAGUAAUAGUGGAAAUUCCAAAGCUCUGUUGACUGCAAAGCCACAGCUUGCUUGCAUUGUAUCAGGCAAGGAGUUUAACCUGGAGUGAAUGGAUGCACCUAUGUUUUCUUAGAACCAAAAAGAAUCUUCUCUGGCAGAUGCCAUUCUUGUUUUUAUUGGAAAAAAAAAUUUAUGUUUAGCAUCUUUAGUCCAAGUAAAUCAUUUGAGUUUUUUUUUUAUAUGUACCAGUACAAUACAGUACAGAACAAAGGCUUCAUAGUUGGAGAAUGGACAAUCAUUUUUUUGUAUUUGAUGUUGAUGUUAUUUGUGUGGAAAGCUGCAGUACUUGUGUAGAGAAUGUAAAUUUACAGUAAACUUUAAAAAAAAAAUGCUACUAAUGAAAAGCACUACUGUAAUCGAGCACAUUUAAUUGUGUACAGUACCUAAACUUACUCUUUUGUUUCCCGUCGCUAAAAUUUGGUUGAAUGCUCUCUUAAAUGCUCAUUUUGAUGUCUUGUAAUCAAUGCAGCUUUGGAUGUUGCAUUUUUCCACAUCCUAGAAUGUAUUAUAACCAGCAAAUUAAUUAAAUAUCAAGACAUAAUAGAAUUAAGGUGAUUUACACCUGUUCACUGCUGUCCAGUUUAAUCUGGAAAUAUGAAUGAUAUACUGAAUAAAUUAUACAGUGUACACUU